UCCGGUUAACUGAACCAUCAGUUAAUCAGAGCAGCCACUAAUUCAGACAGUUCUUAAAGAACUAAAUCUAAUGGUGAAAAUAGCUAGGAUCCCCUUUGUUUAUUUGGGACACUAUGCCGCUUACUUGGAACAGGGAACUGUUGCCGGACAGUUUUGAACUAGCAUCAGUCACAUUGGACAAUGUUGGGCAAAACAUUUUAAAAUAGCAUCAGUUGUGUGUGCUUGUGUUGUUAUCCAUUUGGGCCAAUGGUUGCCAAUCUACCUAUCUCCUUCGGAUAUCCCAGAAGGGAUGUGAGAGGUGUUUGUACGGUUUCUGAUGUAAUAUCAUCGACCUGAAACAUUAACUACUUCUCACUCCACAGAUUUUAUUUCACUUUAUUCAGAGAUACGGCACGGUAACAGGCUAUCCAGCCCGAUCUCAUCCAUGUGACCAAUUAACCUACUAACCCAUGCAUCUUUGGACUGUGGGAGAAACCCAGAGCACCCGGAGGAAACCCACACAGUCACGGGGAGAAGCCAACCUGUGGGUCUAUGACAGCCUGGAAAGAUACCGCUACCUGCAGUACUUCUCGUGGGUCCUCUACCACGUCAUCCUUUGUAUGGUGUCCGCUGGAGUAGCCAAGUACAUCUCUCCUCAAGCGGCAGGCUCUGGCAUUCCCGAGUUGAAGGUUACUCUGCGCGGAGUCGUGCUCGAUGAGUUCUUCACCUUCCGAACCUUCGUGGCAAAGCUGAUCGGUGUCAUCUGCACCCUGGCCGCUGGAAGCACCAUUUUCCUGGGAAAGGUGGGCCCUUUCGUUCACAUGGCGACCAUCCUGGCCACGUUACUGGGAAAAGUCAUGGUGAAGUUUGCAGGUACCAAAGAGAAUAAAGGACGCAAGUAUGAAAUGCUGAUCGCCGGCGCUGCAGUGGGUGUGGCUUGCUGCUUUGUGGCACCCGUUGGAGGAGUCCUGUUCAGCGUGGAGACCACAGCCACUCACUUUGCUGUGCGCAAUUACUGGCGGGGAUUCUUCGCCGCGACAUGCGCUGCCCUGAUGUUCCGCGUGCUGGCCGUGGUGAACAAUGAGCAUGAGACCGUUGCCGUCCUCUUCAGCACCAACUGGAGGGUGGAAUUCCCCUUCGACCUGCCGGAGUUCCUUUCCUUCGCCGUCCUUGGGGUCAUCUGUGGCUGCCUCUGCUGCCUCUACCUCUUCUGCCACAGGAACCUCACCAUGUUCCUGACCAAACGCAGAAAGAUCUCCAAAUUCAUGGCUAAUAACAAAAUCCUCUUUGCGGGGUUUGUGGCUCUUGUGUUGGCGAGUGUGACCUUCCCUCAUGGAGUCGGACAGUACAUUGGUUCCAGGCUGUCCAUGAAGGAACACCUGGAAACAUUCUUCGACAACCGAACGUGGGGCUCCGAUGAGCAGAGGUUACUGAACGGCAGCAGGCAGCCUCCCUUCCCCACCUACAACGCUAAGUGGCUUCAAUGGACCCACCCCAGGCUGUCCUCACUGGAAAUGUUGACCUUCUUCAUAAUUCUCAAGUUCUUCAUGCUGUUGCUGGCCACAACAAUGGUGCUUCCCGCUGGUUAUUUCCUGCCUGUGUUUGUUUACGGUGCGGGACUUGGGCGGCUGUACGGGGAAAUAAUGGCAAAGAUCUUUCCAGAAGGAAUCAUAUCAGAAGGAAUUCAGAUCAAAAUCACUCCUUCGGGAUAUGCACUGGCAGGGGCUGCUGCCUAUUCCGGAGCUGUCACCCACACCAUCUCUACUGCGGUGCUGGUCUUCGAGUUGACGGGCCAGAUGUCCCACAUCCUGCCAGUGCUCAUCGCCGUCCUGGUGGCCAACGCCAUCAGCCAGCAGUGUCAGCCUUCCUUCUUUGAUGGGAUUGUCAUCGUCAAGAAGCUCCCUUACCUACCCAAGCUGACCGUGGGCAAGAGUGGCGCCCACGACAUCAACGCUGAGGACUUCAUGGUGACGGAGCUGAAGUACGUGGCAAAGGACCACAAGUACAAGGACGUGCGCUCCCUGCUGAGGAACAGCGAGCUGAAGCAGUUUCCCCUGGUCGACUCCACAGAGUCCAAGGUUCUCCUGGGGUCCAUUAAGCGUAAGAACCUGGCCAAGCUCCUCACCACGCAACUAAGCCCAGAGAGGAGGCUGCGCUUCCACCUGCGACGAGGGCAGCAGCCCAGCGAGACACCAGUGGAGCGUGAGGUUGUUUCCAGUUCAAAACCAAACACUGGUGAUGAUGCCUGGCCAUCCAAUAGGGAAGAUAAUAUCUACCUCGAAAAUGAGGAUAAAAAAUCUCAGACCGAGGUGGUUCCAGAACAUUGGCCAAGCAAAACAGCCAGGAAGAAGCGGUUUCUCUCCUAUACUGUGGAUGGCGAGGAAGUCUUUGACAUGAUGACAACGAGUGAGGUGGAAGAGUGGGAAUACAAUCAGCUCCAGGAAGUCCUACAGCUGGACGAAUCCGUGAUUGAUCCUGCACCUUUCAGGCUUGUAGAAAAGGAAACACUUCAUGAGUGCUACAACCUCUUCAACCUUCUUGGGCUCAGGAUCGCGUACGUCACCUCCACCGGGAGGCUGGUCGGUGUGGUUGCUCUGAAAGAGCUGAAGGCAGCGGUGGAGAGCUGUGUUGAGGGGACUCCGGCCAGCAAUUCCCUGCCCAACAAGGGGGCGCUGUCCCAGAAGAUCACCCUGAUCGACAACGAGAGACCCAAAGGGAACUGAGAAGGAGAGGAAGGGGCCUUGGUGAUUCGUAGCUCCUGGAAUCUAACCUGCCUACUAACCCCGACCUGACGCUGAUCUACAGCAAGGGAUUUCAGUUUUGAGUAAUCCAUCGUUAAUGAUCCCCAUCCCCCUCCUGCCUCGGCUGAAAGAUAGGUACCUUUUAGUUCAUAGAACAUAGGACAGUAUAGCACAGAAUAGGCCCUUCGGCCCACAAUGUUGUGCUGACCUUUUCACCUACUCCAAGAUCAAUCUAACCACUCCAUCCCAUAAAGCUCUCUAUUUCUCAUUCAUCCAUGUGCCCGCUUAAAUCACGUUCAAGUGUAUGUUUAAUUGUUAUCCAACCAUAUAUGAACACCCAUGAGUCUGGCCAAAUGAAACAGUGUUAUUCCAGGGUCAGAGUGCAAAACUCCACAAGGAACGUAUAGGAUAGCAGUAGACUACAAUGACACAAAAAAUAUAGUCCUUGACUCCAUGAACAUUGCAGCAGUCUGCGGUUGAAAACAAUGUAGCUUAAGUUCCAGCGAGCAAACACAGGAGAGCAGCACCUGCACCAGCAAGGAUGCCAUGCCACAUGGCUCCAGCACUGCCUCCAACGACUCUGCCCCGGGUGGCUUCCAACAGACAACGCCACAGCUUGAGGUCUAGUCCUCGCUAUGACCAAGGCCACGCAGCUCCCCCGCCAUUCAUCAAUGAAUCAGUUAACUGUGCUUGCAGCAUUCCACACCACCAAUGUUCAACAAGGUCUUGCAAUCACAAGAAAAGCAACCAGACAAUCACUCCUCGUUAGACUGCACACCUCCUCUGUGCACCGACUCUGACACCUCUCUGUAGCAGCAGCAACGUGGUUACACCACGUUCAGGUCCCUUCAGCAACAAGCAACUCAUUGAUGGAGUAGACUCGUAAUACAUUAAGUUCUUAAUGUCCAGCAGGGUCUUGUGAUCAUGAAAAAUACAUUUAAAAAAUACAAUAUCUCCUUUGGUCAGCCCUGGAGAAACUGCAACGUCUGAGUACACUGCCCCCUUCCUGGAAACACUCCUUAUAUCCCAGCCCUGCCUGAGUGUUCCUUGCAAUUAGCAUUCUGUGCAUAAAACCUGUUUCAAACAUUACCCCUAUACUUUCCUCUAAUCAACUUAAAAAGAUGUUCUCUCAUUGCUCCCUGGGGAAAAGAUGUUGGCUUCCCACUCUACCUACGUCUCUUCAAAGUUCAGAGUAAAUUUAUUACCAAAGUACAUGCAUGUCACCCACCAUAUGCAGACCUGAGAUUCUCUUUCUUGUGGGCAUACUCAGUAAAUCCAAGAACUGUAACAGAAUCAAUGAAAGACCACGUCAACUUCGGCAUUCAACCAGUGUGCAACAGACAACAAGCUGUGCAAAUACACAAAGAAAUAUGAAAUAAUGGUAAUAAAUAAACAGGAAAUAAAUAUCGAGAACUUGAGAUGAAGAAUC